ACUUUCCUCCUCCGAGCGAAAAGAAGGCAAUGACCGGUGCAGUUUUGUUCUUCGCGGUGGCUGUGGCGGCGAUCUUCGCUAGCCCUGUACCGCUGCGGAACGCACGCCAAGCGGAGCUCUCCGUUUCAGCUUCGGAUUUGGGCUGUACAGAGAACGAGAAUAAACUAGGGGUCCACACCAGCCAACUCGAGGAAGUCUGUGACUCCUAUCUAUUAGCAAACCUGCGCCGAAAUUGCAGUGCCUACGCGGCGGACUUCGGUCACAGCGGUGUGUACCGCAUAAGGCCUGGGGGAGUCAACGAGUUAACGGUAUUCUGCGACAUGUGUAUGCGGGAGACGGGCGAAGGUUGGAUAGUGAUUCAACGACGUGUCGACGACAGUGUCGCAUUCGAGGACAAGAGCUGGCAGGACUAUAAGGAUGGAUUCGGGGAUUACUUCGGAAACUACUGGAUGGGAUUGGAUAAAAUUCAUGAAAUAACACAAUCUGGCACUUAUGAUCUUUAUAUCUCCUUCAGAAACAAACCACAUGUAAAUAUCUCUCUCACCUAUAUUGAGUAUGCGGUGUACACCAACUUCAAUGUGGACAGCGAAGAUGAAGAUUACAAGAUGACAUUUUAUGAACUUGAUAAUGACCGAUCAAGCAGCAGGAUUAAAACCAAUGCUUACUCUUUUAGUAAUACUGCUGGAGCCGGGCUAGGCAGACACAAAAAUUUGAAAUUCUCAACAUAUGAUCGGGAUAAUGAUGGUAUAAGUACUACGGACUGUGCAGGUGAUCCUGGUGGCACUUUGUAUGGUGGUUGGUGGUUUGGAGAUGAUCAUGAUAGUCCACAAUGUUACCAUGUCAACCUCAACGGAAAAUUCCCUCAGAACAUUUAUGUAUCUGGGGGUAAUGACAAUGCCAUCAAGUGGGAAGGGAUUGUGAAUGACGACUACUCAUUGAAUAACACUAUUAUGGCCAUUCGAAGAACCUCCAAUUAGUCACAACACAACUUAGCCUCGUACCCAGGCCGUUUGUGGGGGAGGAGAAACGGGUACUAAACACAAAUAAUUAUAGUCCUGUGUGCUUGACAUUAUUUUUUGAGAGGUUAAUAGCGAUACGGCACCGCGCGCGCGAUCGAGCUCAGCCCCGCCCCUCCUCACUUUGUCGCGCUACGUAGCACAAAAUGGCAACCAAGCUGGACUUGGAAGUCAAGCUACCCGGCGGCUUUGAUAUAAAGUUGAAAGGCCUGAAGCGAGGAUCGUGCGUUAAGGGUCUAAAGACUCGCAUCGAACAGCA